AUGUAAUUCAUUUUAUAAUCUCCAACUCAAAAAGUCAUAGAGGAAAUAAUUAAAGAAAACAAUUCUAACUUAUUUAGUUUAUUAAAGAAUGAUUCAUUUAUGAUAUAUUGCAGAAAUACAGAUCCAAUUGCUAUAGAGUUUAUAUGUAAAAAUGUAGAUUAGAUGUUAAAUAUUUUAUUUGCUGAUUAUAAUUUGAUUCCAAAAGAAUAAUUAGAAUAGUAUGGUGAAUAGAUCAAUAAUAUUUGGGAGAUUAUUGAAUUGAAUUUAGAACCUAUUCUAAAAUAAAUAGAAGUUAAUUUUAAAUUUAAUAUUUAGAUUCAUUGGUCAAUCAUUUUUGAAUUACUAUAUAAAUAAUUCGUUCCUGAUAUUUAAUGGGGUCUAGCAUAUAAAUUAUUAAAUCUUGUAAAAGAAAGAGAUUCAUCAAUUCUCUAAGACUUGUUAAAAUAAUAAGACUUUUUAGUUUCCUUCUUACCAUUUCUUAAUAUACAUAGUGUAUCCUAAAUACUGAUAGCAUUUUUUGAAAUAGGAUUCAACUAAUAAUAAAUCAAUUUUUUGAAAAAAGGCUUAGAAUUUUAUAAAUAAUAGGAUCUAUUAAGUAUUAUCAAUUUUACAUACAUUGUACAUGAAAUUAUGACAAGAAUUUUAAUUGAUUAGUAAUUGGAAUAUAUUUUAAAUGGAGAAUUCCUUAAAGAGAUGUUCGAUAUUAUCAUUUAAGAUAAUAUAGAUCCAAUGUAUAAUUUAAUUUUAAAUUAGAAUAUUAAAAAAUGCUGCUCAUAUAAUUUCAUUAAUCUCAAAUUUUUAUACAAUGGAUAUGUAAAAUAUCAAUUUGGAUGAUCCAGAUUCCUCGGAUAUAGUUACUUAAUUUAAACAAACUCCUUUUUUUAUCAAUUUUGAUGUCUCUAAAAUUGAUUAAAUAUUCCAGAAAUCAGUUUAAAAGAAGCUUAAAGUUGGAUUGUUUAUCAUAAAACUUGUUGAAGUACGAGCAAGACUAUAAUUAGAUAAUCGAUAAUUUAGUUCGAAUUACAGAUUUAUAAUUAUGGGAUUAAAUAGCUGAGAGUAACAUUAUGGGUUUAAUUUUCUAAUUGAUGAAUGAAUUUCGAAAUGCAGACAUUUUCUCGAUAUAUGUAGAAAACAUGGUUAUUUUUAUAUUUGAUAAGGCCUUAAAUGAUUACCAUCCUUUUUGGGCCUAUUAUCUCAUUUAAAGAUAUAAAUUAUAAAAUAAAAAUAUAGGUCAUUUAUAUAGAUUAAUAUAUUAAUUCGAUAUAAAUUUAGAGUAGAAGUUAUUAAGAGAUACAGAUAAUUUGCCAUAUAUUGAUACUUUGAGAUUAAUUUAAAAUGAAUUGAAAAUCUCAAAAAUAUGGAAUGCAUAAAAAAUGUUUUAUAUUAAUCAAGAAGAAAGAAAUAAGACAAAAUUAGGGGAAGAUACAAGUACUCCAAAAAAAGAAAUAGAUUUAACUAAGUUUUUAAUAGAAUAAAAUCUAAUAUUAGAAGAAGAAUAAAUUUCAAGAGGUUAUUCUGCUAUAGAAAUUAAAAGUUGCUAGAACAAUCAUACAAAUCCAAAUUAAUUAUUUCAAAAUGUUUAAUUGAAUGUUUUUGAAAACAUUACUAUAAGUAAGAAUAUAGGUGAAUUUGAUUGUAAUUCACAAAGUGAAGAAAAUGAUAAAACAAGUAAUCAGAUCCCAGAAGAUUCUUCAGAAAAACAAGAUAAUUAAUUUGAAUAAAGGUUGAGCAAUCAAUCGAAUAAGAAUUUAUAAGAUAGAUUUAAUAAAAGUUGUUUUGGAAUGUCAUAUUCUUUAUAAUAUGAAGAAAGAAAAGAUAAGUUUUUGAGUGGAUCUUUGUAAAUUGAUUUUAAGAGUUUUUAAUAUAAUUUUAAAAGAGUAAAUUCACUGAAAUUCUCUUAAGAACUUAGAAAAGACAAUAAAAAUUUCGAAGAAUUUAAAAUUGAAAUUCUAAAAAAUAAAAAAGUAUUAAAAAAACAUGAUAACAGUAUUUUAAAAGUAGAUGAAAUUGAUUAAGAAGCUAAUUUAAAUAUAGAAUAACAAGAAUAAUAAAAAUUAGAUUCAUAAUAGUAAAAAUAGUAAAAUUCUUUACAUAAGUUAACAUGA